CAAUUUCCGGCAUUUCGUAUAUAAACUGAAAGUCCGCCCCUGACUGCGUUCAGUUCGUUCGGUUCGUUGGCCCACGUCGCGAUUUUUUCUUAAAGUAGUGCAAAUUACUUAAAAUAAACGCAUAGAAAACUAUUGAAACAGCCGCUGACAAAGUUGUUUCUCUUCGGUUCGUUUUUCGCAUUUUGAGUUGCUCGUGAAAAAACAUGAAAUUUCCAAUAAAUGUGAAAAUUCUCUCUCUGGCAAUUGUCUGCCUUAUGUCUGUCAUGCUUAUGACUCAGACUGUUGCCGCAUCUGGAGACGCAGCAUGCAAGGAACUAAACAACGUCAAUUGCUAUGUGGGCCGCAAUGAGGGCAACUACUGCAACAGGAAGGACCAGACCAAGGCCCUCACCCGUUGGUACUACGACAAGGGAGUCUGUCGUCCCUUCACCUACAGAGGAUGCAAUGGGAAUCGGAAUCGCUUCUGUACGCAGGACAGCUGUGAAGCACGCUGUGGCGACCAAUGAAUUUUCACAUCAGCGCAUUCACACAUUCAGUUGCACAGUUCCAUAGUUUCAGAGAGAUUCGCAUCCACUUAGUUGAUAAGUUUGUAUGUACAAGUAUAGUCUAAGUACUGAGAACAAAUAGAUGCCACAUGGCAAACCAA